AUAUUAUGUUACAUUGAUAUUGACAAUGGUAACCAUGUAGCCUACCAUGCCAUGUACCAAGUCACAAGGAGUGUCAGUAGUAAGUCAUGGUCUCACUGAACUUUGUAAACAAGGCCUAAGUCCUAAGCCAAAAUUAUUAGUAGUGUAGUCAAAGUGUAGUAAAGUAAAAACGUAAAGUCAAUCGGUGGCUAGAAGUAGAAGUCAGAAGAAAACCAAACUAGCUACAAUCCUUUGAAUGAGUAUGAAAGUAUCUGUUUGAGUUCGAGUAUUAUUAUUAUGAAAUGAUGUAACUUUUAGUCAGUUAAUUAUUUGUUGUUUGGACACUUUUUUUUUGUGUGUUUUAGUUCAAAAUUGACCAAACGCUUUUUUUUUGUAGAAGGCAUUGUAGAAGGCAUCCGAACGGCAUAAUUUUUAAAUUAUUUUUUUCCAGAUUCGCCAAGUAACUUUUACUCUUGAAAAUUUAUAUUUGAUGCACAUGCACUUGAAUUGCCCUGUCCAGCCUAGCAGAUCAGAGAAAAUCAUUAAAACAGUAUGAGUAUAUGCAGCUUCUUCGAACGAGGAGGGCGGUUAAAAGCUUGCCCGCUCGGUCCACAUUAACCUUAGUUACGCCACUGUGUGAGUGUGUGAACGGUAAAUAAUUUAUUAAAUUUUUAAAAUGUUGUUGGUGAAAUGCAAAAGAAUUACCAAUUAUUUCUCAACCAUCUGUCCUGUUAAUGAUAAUGAAAAGGCCAAAUAUUAACAGACACAAAGACAUAACAAUACACAGUAACAAUACACAGUAAACAAGAAAAUAGGAUGGCUGUACUGAUAUUUCUGAAUCUGAUCUUGAGAAGCAAAGUCAAACUACAAAUGACUAGCCAGGUUGCUGGAUUAAAAAAAUUUUUUUUUGAGCCAUCCAUAAAAAAUGUCACGCAAUGUUGACCAGUUUUCGACUACCCCUCCCACAUUGUCACAAAUAUGUCACAUAGUUUUGACACCCACACAAUAAUAGGUUGUGACUUUGUCCUAAACUCGUGACCACUCCGCUCACCACCUGAAGUGUGAUGCCCUUAUUUAUGACCCAUAAAAGAUUAACAAGAAAAGGGUACUGGUAUCUGUUUUUUAAAUCCUUUCUUUUAAAUUUGCUUGUGUUUGUGGCAAAAUCUUUGGAUGGCUAAUUGACCCACUUCCCAUCAUCCUAUCAAACUGAAACUUGGACUUAGCACAUAGACUCUUUGCCGAUGACAACAAGUUCUAUCGAAUUAACAGCCCAACACCAAAAAUCACUUUUUCAUGCACUAAGUUUGAUAAAAAAAAACAUUCACAUACCAAGAAUCAGUUGUUACAAUAACAUAAAUGAUAAAUCAAGUACAAUUACAUAAAUGUAAACAAAAAUGCUUAUAAAGGAUUUAUAUUAAAAAACUUUGUUUUUAGGGGUUGUUUAAUUUUUAAUUUUUUUUUACAAAGGAAGCACUGCUAAGACUUAGGACUAUAUAUAGUAACUAAAUAGUAACUAGUAGGCUAUAUAGUAAUAUUUAUGUAUAGGGCCUACUACAGUAAGUUAUAGUCCCCUUGGCCUUCUCUAUUGAGUCUAUUGGCACAGUAUUUUCAUUGUAAUUGUAUUUAAAGGUGACAGAUUGCAACAACAAAAAAAUAAUAAUUAGAAACCUCUAACUACCAGAAUUAACUUUUUACCAUAUGGUUGGUUACUCUUAACAAAAUGAUGUUUUAAAAUAUACUAUAGUUAUAAGUAAGAGCCUUUAAAUUAUUUAUUAGGGGAUGGAAAUUUUUUUUUCAGCCAGCUGCACAAUUUUUAACAAUAAUUUUAAUAUACAUCAUUGAAGAUGGGCUUUGAAAAUUCAAUAUUAGACCUAUAGUUUGACUAAAGUGAUUAUUAUUAAUUUUCAAAGGUUUUUACUGCUAAUCUCUUACACUAUGUAAAUAAUCAUAUUCAGAUUUUAAAUUUUACAAAAACAUUAACCUAGCUCCCAGAAGGUCUGCAUGUCAUAGGCCUUCAGGUCAAAGGUUGUCUUCCCCUGCUAUAAAUUAUAACCUACUUUAUCUAAAUCAAGGAUAACUUGCCAUUAAGAUUAAAAUUUGUUAAGCUGUGGUUAAUUGAAAUAAAAGAGUAAGACUUAAGACAUUAUUUUUUAUUAUUCUCCAUUGCCAAGUUCUGAUUCUAAUGCCACUAGUUGUGGAAACUUUUAAAAAUUACAAUUGCUCAGAAUUGCAUCUUUAUCAUAUGGUCAUAUGUCAAUGUUUGAUUUUAGAUGUUAUUAUUUAUCAGGGCUUAACCAGGUGCAUAUUUUUACACCAUUGGGUCCAAGUGUUACAAAAAAAUGAGUUAACUUCUAUUUUCUAUAUUAUAUGCCGACCUUUAAGCCUACUGACAGUCCUACAUCCUACCUGCCGGUCUUUAAAUAAUAGGCCUACAGAAAGUCCUAUACCCUACCUGCCGGCCUUUAAACAAUAGGCCUACAGACAGUCCUAAACCAAACCUGGGCCUCUUUAUUGAUUAAUAUAAUAGUCACCUCCCCCUAAAGAAAAAAAUGUAUCCCUUUUACCGGAGUUCAGACAUACACAUGAAAGCUCAGAAGCAAAAUAUAUAAGAGAUGUCCAUCCUACUCAACUUGUAAGUUAUGGAAGCCAGCUAAUUUCAAAGUUUUUGUUUUAUUCAUUGAAAAAAAUUACUUACACAUGAAGUUGCUAGAAAUGAUAAAGUCCUACUUAUUGUCAGAAAGUUGGAUGAGAAUUUUCAAAAUUAGCCCAAGAUUCUUGCUAUCUCUCAGUGUUUCAACUUUUUUGUUGAAGGAGACAUCAUUUUGGUAGCUGUUAAACUUAAUCCACCUUCGUACCAUUAAAGUAAAUAUAAUUUUUUUCUUUAAAAGUAGGCCUGGGCUUUAUUUUCCGUUAGUCUAUCAAAUGUUAUCUAGACUCUAGAGCUUCUAAGUGUGUUUAUUUUGAAUAUAAAUGUUAACAUAUUUCUUUAUCUGCAGUUCUUUGAAGUGUUUGUCCGAAGUGUUGAUACACAGAGUUUUUUUAUUUUAAUUUAAGAUUUAAACUUGUGUACAUUGGCAGCUUCUUUAUUUUAAGGUGUUAAGGACUUACUUAUUUUGGUUAAAAUAAGAAAAGUAUUUUCUUUUCUUUUCAAAAUGAAAUUUAAAAAAAAAAAAGUUAUUGAAGGUUAUAGUAUAACUGUUGCCUUUCCAAAUUAAACUAACUUUGGCAAAAUUGUCUUUAUAUAACCAUGAAUAAUUGUGUUCCUUAUUAUAUCAUUACUUACAGAUAAGCCAUGAAACGCUUCCUUAUAAUUACUGCUGAUGACUUUGGAUUUAGUACAGAAAGAAAUCAAGGUGUAUUGGAGGCCUUCAAUAAUGGUGCAGUUAAGAGUGCCUCCCUUCUUUUAAACUGCACAGGCACAAAUGAAGCUGCAAAUAUUUUCAAAACCACUGACCUAUGUCCAGGUUAGCAUUUUACAAUAAAAGCUGUAUUUAUUUCAUGUAUCAACUAAUACAGAGUACAGUUUAUAGAGCAGUGGUUCUCAACCUUUCUAAUGCCGCGACCCCCUUAUACAGUUCCUCAUGUUGUGGCGACCCCCAACCAUACAAUUUUUUUCAUUGCUAUUUCAUAGCUGUAAUUUUGCUUCUGUCAUGAAUCGUAAUGCAAAUAUCUGAUAUGCAGGAUGUAUUUUCAUUGUUACAAAUUGAACAUAAUUAAAGCAUAGUGAUUAAUCACAAAAAAAACAAUACAUUGUGAACACAGUCUCAGACAGAACAGGGUAUGACCCAUUCUGACGCUAGGAAUAGGCCUAAAUUUAUUUUAACUUUUCAUUCCCAUAACCUUAAAGCUCGUUUUCUGGUUCUGAAAAUACCGUUCAAUUCUUAUGGCAAACCCGGUUACUAAUGAGAUUUUCAGAAAACCUCCUAAUUUCGCUUUCUGGAGGGACAAGAGCCUUAGGGACAUGCUAGUUAGAAGCCACCUCCCUGCUAUCAAAGCACAUAAUGGCACCAAAAGUUGCAACUGUAGCUGUUGCAACACAUGUCCCUACGUGAUUGAAGUUGAUAAGAUCAUUUUCCCUCUGGAAAUAUUCAGAAUAAAAAAUGUCUUUAUCUGCACAAGUCCCAACGUGAUUUACACAAUCCUUUGUAAAAAGUGCGUUAAAUUAUACAUAGGAGAGACAGGUUGUGGCCUUGGAGACCGGUUUAGAGAACAGCUCUACAACAUAAAUAAACAGGCUCUCUGUCCGGUCUCCAAACAUUUCAAUAGCACUAACCAUGAUGGAAUUGCAUUUACUGGUUUACUGUAAACUAAUAAAACAUCGGAUAGGAUCUAUAUGGAGAAUAAAUUGAUAACAAGAUUUGGUACAUUGACUCCAUACGCGUAAACCAAAUCCACAAUUUUACGUAACUGCCAGGUCUUUUCCUGUUUGGUUUUUCACAUUUUACUCUAAGUCACUGCCUUUCUAUUCUUCUUUACUUUGUUUCUGUCUGUUUUUUUCGCCCACUCCUAUUUGUUCUCCCCUUUUUUAGGUAAGACAUAUAUGUGUGUGUAUAUAUACAUAUUAUAUAAAUUUAAUUUAUAAUUAUUAAUUUAUUUUUGUGGUACUCAUGAAGGCAUAUGACGAAACGUAUACUUGUGAUUAUGUAAAAUUAUUAUUAAAGCUUCCUUAUAUUACUAUAUUGACACAAAUUGUUCGUUUCUAAUUAAUCUAUUUGAAAGCUUUAUCGCUGUCCAACACUUUUUAUAAUUAGUUAAUAUGACUGCAAACACUGUAUCAAGAAUUUUGUAACUGGCAUUGUAGAGAAAUCAUUUCUUGCUUUAUCGCUGUCAAUAAGUUCAAUGAAAUCCUCUUGUGUUGACUCAGAAACAUCUUCAACUUUGACUGUAAAUUGACUUCUGGCAAGUGCAAAUGGGGUGUCAGGUAGAUUUGGAAAGUACGAUGAAAUUUCGUCUUUAAUAAAAUGCAAGUGUUCCUUCACAGAAUUUAUCAUUGUAAUCCCUUUGCUUCAAUGUCAUGAAACCAUAUAAGAUAGGCAACUUGUAGAUUUUAUUUUCAUCCAAUUUUUUUGGCCAAAGCUGAAAUUAAAAAUGAAAUGAUCACAUCCUUUUUGGCGAAUCGACGGAUGUUGCAUUUGGUCCUUGUAGUGAUAAAUUUAACUCAUUCAAGAUGGCAAAAAUUUGAACCAAGUAAGCUAUUUUCUGCAGUUCCCUUUUAUCACUAAAAGUGCUUCAAACUGCGGUCUUGCUUUCUGAUUAAAAAAAAUUUUGAGUUCAUCAAGAAGCUCAAAAACAAAAUUUUUUUCCAUCCGACAACCAUCUCACUUCUGUGUGAAAUGGCAGAGCGUUGUUUGGCGCAUCCAACUCGUUGCACAGUUGCAAAAACAGUCGACUGUUUAAAGUGCUCGCCCUUACAAAUUGACAGAACUUUUGACACUUUUUGUUACUUCUUGUAACUCUCGUGGCAGCGUCUUCGUUGCUAAUAUUUGCUGAUGAAUCAAUCAGUGAGUUCCGAUGACUUUUGGUGACUCAUUCAGUAAAAAACGUUGAAAUCCAGAUCGACAUCGUUGCAUAGCUGGAGCACCAUCUGUGACAUUCUAGCUUAGCUGGAGCACCAUAUGUGACAUCCUAGCAUAGCUGGAGCACCAUCUGUGAAAUCCUAGCAUAGCUGGAGCAUCAUCUGUGACAUCCUAGCAUAGCUGGAGUAACAUCUGUGACAUCCUAGCAUAGCUGGAGCCCCAUAUGUGCAAAAACAACACCUUUCCCCAAGAGAUCGUAUCACAGAAAUCCUUGCAUAACUGUAUAUAUAGAGCACCAUCUUUGCAACAACACAAACCUUUUGCCAAGAGAUAUUAUAAUCUUUAAGAAAUAAACCACGUGUGUCAAAUAUAUCACGUGCAGUAGUUGUCGUUUCAAAAGGUUUGCAAAAAGAAACUUAUCUUUAAAGUCCCCAUCAUUAAUAUACCUCACAUAAACUAGUAACUGUGAACAGUUUGCAACGUCUGUAAAUUCAUCCAGCUAGAUACUAAAUAUUGGAAGUGGAGUAGAUUUAAUUUCCUGGAUUACCUGAUCAAGAAUAUGAACAGACAUGUCAUAUAUUUUUCUACGGACAGUCGUUUGAUAAGGAAAUUUAACUCAGUUUCGUAAAAAAAUUUGUCUCCAUUCCAUAAUGAAAAUUUGUGACACGUCUUGUUUCUAGCCAGACCAAACAAUUGGUUUCGAAGAUCGGCAUAGAAAAUGUGUGUUUUCCAAUAGUCUAAGGCGACCCCACAGAGAGGGUAACGCGACCCCCAAAAGGUUCGCGACCCACAGGUUGAGAACCGCUGGUAUAGAGAAUUUUUUGCCUUAGGGACAUAUCUCCCAAAAUAUUUAAGAACAUAUGAGGCGGUGUUACAUUGGGAUAGUAUCAUAUUUAAGUUAUUCAUUACAAUUAUUUUAAUUUUUUUGUUUAUAAUGUGCAUGGAACUAAUGUUAAAAUUUUAUUUAUUUAAAGUUUGAAAUUGAAAAUAUAUUUAUUAAGUUCCUAACGUUUAACUCUUUUGAAAUAGGUCUUCAUCUGAAUCUUACAGAGGGUACUCCAAUUGGGAUAGAAAAUUACAAAACCCUGAUAGCCCCAACAAAUGGCAUUUUUAAGGGAAAAUUUGAGCUGAGAAAACAACUUGACUCAGACUUAAUAAACCCUUUAGAGGUAUAAAUCUGAUUGCAUGCAGUUACAUCUGAAACUUACUAACUCAAAUAAUUGGACUAUACAGAUUUUAUUCUCAGGGUCUGCUAACACUUAAAAGGUUAUUCAUGAGGGACAACAUUCAGUUCAACCCGUGUAAAGUAAAUGAAUAAUGGAACAAGAUAUGUUAAGCCUUGAAAAAGAAAGACAGGACAAUGAAAAGGAUGAUUCAGCUAAAUGUCUUCAUCAGCAGGCAAGACAAAGCAAGAAACAACAAAUAAUUGAAAAUUAAUUACUUAUGUGUAAAUUUUUUCAAGCCUAAACAUAUCCUGUUCCACUAUUUAUUUAUAAAAGUUAAAACAAUGAUUGUCUUCAUAAUGGCAUAGGAAUAUCAUAUUUUUAAAAAUCAUAUUUUGACAUGCAUUACUGAUCUGUCUGGAAUGUUUGAUAUAGAGCGCAUUUUGAUUUCACUUAACAGUAUAAUUUUUUUUUAUCCCAUGGCUUGGAUUUCCUACUUCUGAAAAUUGGACCAGUGGUUUAACUAAUUAAAUUUGGUGGUUAAAUAGUUUAUUUUUUGUUUUUAAGAUUUUAAGCUCUUGUGACAUGGAGGCUAUACUGGUAUGGUGAUGCCAUAAAAGAAGAUUAUUAUCUCUUUAGAAAACAUUUUAUAAUGUUUUUUUGCUUAUUAUUCUAUAUCUUUUUUAAAGCAUAUUUAAGUUUCUAAAUUUAUUUCAUUUAUUCUUAUAUUACCAUUUUAAGAACUUUUUUUUUCAUUUUAUUAUUUUUUUUGGUUUAAAAUACUAGUUUAAGCAAUUUUUUUUUCUAACUUUGCAAAAUUAAUUUUUCUAAACUUAUAACUUAUAAGGAAAUUGAAUGGAAUUACAUUAAGGACAUUGAAUGUUAUUUUGAUAAACAUUUUUUAUAAAAUCUUCAGUUAUUAAAUUAAAAACACACAAACAAUUUUUGUAAUUAAAACAGUUUGGUUGAACCUUAAUUAAGAGAAAAAAAUAAUCUAAUGCCAUCAUCGGUAAAAAAAAAAAAAAGAAAAGAAAAGUUGAAUGAAUUUGAAUUAAAGAGGUGGCCAAAAGUCCCUCACAACAAGAGAAAAGAGCUUUAGUUUAUAAGCAUUUUUUGAGUACCCAAUUAAUGAAUGCAAAGAUUUGUAACCCAUAUACACACACAUCAAAACCUGUUUUAUCAAUUUUAAAUAGGAUACCUAGUAGUUCAUUACUUUUAAGCAAUUGUCAUCCACCAGGGCUACAUUUGAACUUAACUGAAGGGAAACCAAUAUUCUGUGGACAAUAUAAGACUCUUACCAAUUCAGAAGGCAUAUUUCAUGGCAUGAUACCUACCCCCAAAGUGUUAGAGGCAGGCCUAAUUAAUGUCGAGGAGGUACAUAGGCUAUGAUAUGAAUAUGAACAAACAUAUAUUUGGUCAUUUCAGGCUCUAUUUCAUAAAAUUAACUCUAUGGUACAUAUAUAGUGAAAUUUCAAUUUAUAAUUGUUGUUAAAUACUCUUUUGCUAUGAACUAUUCUAGAGGUGUGUAUUUUAAAAUGAUAAGAAUCUUUCAAAUGUUUGGCAUGGCUGAACAAAUCAUAGAAUCAAUAAAUUGAAAAUCUUAUAUUUGUUAACAUUUAAUGUAAAGUAAAUAAUGUUUUGUCAUUGCUCUUGAAGUUUGCAAUUAUUUUUUUAUUCCAAGUUUAGAAAAGUUCACAUCAUAUUUGAUCAGUUAAAUAAUAAUUUUUACUAGAUGUUCCACCUUUUUUUCUUAUAUCCAGAUCAGACAAGAGAUUGACUGCCAAAUAAAACUUUUUAAAGAACUUAUUGGAAGAGAUCCUGUUUAUGUUGAUGGCCAUCAGCACAUUCACCUCCAUCCAAGUAAUUAUUCAAAUAAAAAUGUUAUAUAUUCAGGAGAAAGCCUGGAUUUGCCUGUAAUAUAUACAUUUAUUUAAUAAUUUUCAUCAUUAUUCAUAUAUAAUGGCCAUUUGGGCCUGUUGCCCUUUGGCCUGAAAUUUAUGUUAUAGGAUUUGGUUUGGACAUUAUUUUGCUCCUUUUUUUUUACAAAAAACAUAAUAAAAUAUCAGAUUAUUUUUCAGUUUCAGUAUUAAAGCUAUUUUACUGACAAAAGUAUUAAUAAUUUUCCUCAACAUUAACUCUUUAUUCUGGUUCAGAUGUUGCUGAAAUAUUUGCGGAUGCACUGAAUCGCCACAACAUCAAAGUUACAAGAUUGCCCAUAGAAAUAAACAUGGCUUCUAAAGAUUGGGUCAACCCAGAGUACAUGCCAUUCUUUAUCAAAAUGAUUGAGAAUGUCAAUAAGACUAAAGUUAUUUUGGAUCAAUAUGGUGUAAAGUAAGACUAUUUUAUAUUAAGAAAUAUUCAUUUUUCCUUACUUUCUUUAACUUAAAAAAAGAUGUUGUUUCCUCAGAUAUUUUAAAUAAAAAUAGUUGAAUUCAAAUAUUACUUGGUGCAACCUUCGACAUGCACCCAUGUUGAAAGUAUUUUAUAUCAGUGACAUAACUUACAUUUCAUAAAUUAGCCUAUUAUUUUAUCUAAAUUUAAGUUGAUUCUAUCCAAAUGUAAAAGGAAGGAAGUUUAUUAGUAUAAAAUUGCAUACUAAACUGAAGUAGAAAUAAUGUCUGUCAUAAGAUGAAAAAGAAGUGCUUGAAUGUAACAUGGUUAAUGAUGUGGCUAAUUAUUUCUCUCAGGUCCACUGACAGUUUUACUGGGCUGUCAACCAUGGGCAGAGACAUGACAGCUGACAGAUUAAAGAAAAUAAUACUAGAGGCAUUUGAAGAUGCUGAAAAGAGAAUGGCCGCCAGAGAACUUUAUCAACAACAAGACUUCACCACGUGUGAACUGAUGUCCCAUCCCGGUCACCCAACUGAUCCAGAAUACGGUGGAUUCUCAUGGGGCUCAGAUGACUUUGGGUGCUCAGAUGACCGAAUUCAUGAAAUAAAUGUGCUAAGCAGCGCAGAGAUGAUGGAAUUUUAUAAAGCAAAUAAUAUUCAAUUAGUAUCCCAUAAAAUUCUGGAUAAUUAAAUUAAGAAUAAAAACAAAUAAUUCAAUUUUGUCAAAUGAAAUUUAGGUUAUUAACUAUUUCACAGUUUUCAAUAACUUCUAAUGAUUCUAUUUAUUUAAACCUAAAAAUUGAUGUGCAAUCUUUUUAAAAUAUUGAUAACCUUUUCGAUUUUGUAAAGCAAAUCAUGACAUGUUUGGUGUGAGAAUUUAUUUAAAAUCUGUAUUAAGUACAUGUAAGGCAGUUGUAAGACUUGGACUAAUAGUUAAUUAGCUUUCUCAUAUAAUUUGGCCUUUGCCAUUACUUAAUUUACAAUGUUAUACACUAACUAACCUCAGUAAGAAUUUUCUUAAAUGUUUGUCAUACAAAUUUUUAAUUGAAGGGUUCAUGGUGUAAUGUUAUAUUUCAGCUUUGGCAACUUUUUCGCUGCUCUCUCUUUACCUUUGUAAAUAAUUAUUGGCUGUUAGUAUGAAACUCUUCUUCCAGUGCACCCAAAUCUCAUUGCGCUAUUUAGAGCUGUUUUGUUUUUUUUAUUCUAAAAAGAUUCUGCUCUUAUUUAUAAAGAAGGUAUCGCAUCAUGUUACAGUGCAAUCUAGGGCAGAGAAAAAUGGGAGUUGGUAGUCCAUUUGUUAUAGUUAUAGUGUCUUAAAAACUAAAUUUAUUUCUUAGAGUGUAAUUCUGUUACAUUUUUUAUUUUUUCCCACCCUUUUUCUUUCCUAAUCUGCAUUUAUAAAACUUGAUUUGGUGACUCAAGUCAAUGUUUCUGUGAUUUUUUUUGUUAUGCCUGUUUACAAUGAGAUAGUCUAUUAAAUAUUUGAGAUAAUAAAAACUUUAUGGUUAUAGUAAAUACUGUAUUAAAUAUAUUUAUCAUUAUCUUCUCAAAUAUAUAUA